AUGCAUCUUAAUCAUGCUGUUGUAAAUAACAACUAUACUGUCUUUAUUGGUGCAUCAUAUAAUACAGAACCACCAUCUUGUUAUUCCAUAGAUUUCGAUGCAGCGUCGGCAUCAAACUCAAGUAAUAAGGCUGUCAAGAUUGAUUUGCCAUCGACUGUCCAAUGCAAACUUCUUACUAGUCGCACGUGUGUUGGUUCAUGUGAUGGCAUAUUAUGCUUUUCUCGUCAGAAUAUAUUAAACGAUUCCAUUACAAUUUGCUUAUGGAACCCAUCUACUCAAGAAUAUAAGGAGAUAGUUAAAAAAUAUGAUGGAUUUGUUGCGGCAUAUGGAUUCUGUUACGAUGGUAAGAUUGAUGAUUACAAGUUGAAACUAAUAUAUGAUAAAAACCCUGAUUUCUCUGAAAUUCAAGCUUACACGCUUGGUUCAAAUUCAUGGAAGAAAAUAGGAAACACUCUUUCUGUAUAUUACGGUACGUAUUCUAGUCAUCUUGUAAAAGGAGCAAUGCGUUGGUUAGCAAGAAAGGUCAUAGUUACCGGUGAUCAACCAGCAGUAACUAUGGUUAUAGUUCCUUUUGAUAUAGCUGAAGAGACAACCAAGAUAAUCCAAAUACCAAGUUGCUUUUCAGAGUUGAAGAUUAAAUGCAAAUUUAGCAGUAAUUCAAGGGUGGGUGUGCUUGGAUAA